GCUUGAGAUGGACUCGGUGGCGGUGACAGUGCCGCUUCGUCAACCGACGAAGAAGAUGAAGAAACGGAAGGAGCUCGACGCCCUGGCGCCUCCGCACACUGUCUCACGCCGAAGUUCCGGGAAACGUAGCUCUCAAGAAUUACUAUCAGAUAGCAGCGAUGAACGAUCGGAAUACUGGAAUAUAUCGACUAGAAAUGGCCGCAAAUGCAGAGGCAGGCGAAGUCGAGCUUGUCCCGGAUUUUUUAAAGCUUGUAGUGCCUUUUUGGCUUGUGCCUCUGUAUUAGCAACCGCUAGUUUAAUUUGGCUGUUCAUCGACGUUCGUCAGCAACUCACUGCUCUACGGACCGAACUGGACCAAGUUAUUGCUGGUAGCGAAGGUGUUCCUGACGCUCUGCAAAAAUGUCAUUCUCUGUCGAGAGAUCUUCAAAACAAUCAGACUACUAUUUUCAUGCAUUUAUCAGAUCUCAAACUUCAAAUUAAUAAUUUUACGACGCAGUUAGCAGUCAUUCAACACGAUUUGCAUCGAGUAGAAGAAUGGUUUAAAGCUGAUCCAACAUUAAUCAACGUGCCAACAGAUUUAAAAGCUCUUUCUAGUAGUGUGAUGUCUUUUGGAAGCCAAAUAGAAGAUCUGCGUGCCACAGUAAAAACUCUUAAAGAAUCUAAUGCUAGGGUACAAGAUGUUCAAACCACUAUGCAACAAAAUAUUACCAGUAUCAAGAAUACGAUUACAGAUUUGUCAAAUAUUACACAAAAACCUCAGAUACUGACCACAAAUGAGACAAAAAUAAAGACUGAUCAGUUGAACGCGGCAAUCGUACAUUUAUCUGAUAAUUUGAUGAAUAUAAAUGAAACGCUGUCGAGAUCGGUACAAUGGGUGGCGGAGGAUCAGAAGAAAGACCAUGAAACGUUGGUAUUACUUCAGGAGACUACACAGAAUGUUAGCAUGAAAGUGAUAUCCUUGGAGAGAGAGUGCGUGAAGACUACUAUAUUAACUACUGUUAUGAAAUUGAACGAUGAAGUAAAUGGAAUUCUCACAACUAAUAUUGAUCUUAGAGAAAAAGUGAAACAAUUGGAACAAUCUUACGAUAGUUUAAAAAAUUCCACAAACUUAAUGCUGGCUGCUAUACCGGAUAUCCAAAAUCAAAGAUUAGAUAUUAAAACAAAAGCUUUCGAAGAAUCAAUCGGCAACGAUGCGACUACGGAAAAAGAUCAUCGUUUAGUUCUAGAUGAGACGUCUAUAAGAAAGACUUCAUCAGAUAAAUCGAAACGUUCAAGAAUGAACCCAUAAUAUAUUUCUAGAAAAAUUUACAAUGCAAGAAUGUAUGGACGAGCUUUUACUUUGUAAAAUAGCAAAAAAAAAAAAAAUGUACUUUGUUUUCCGGGGAAGAGCGCAAGGAGAUAUUAUGCGUGUGUAUCUUGUAAAUAUUAAAUAUAUUAAGUAUGUUGAGAAAUUCCCUGUGUAUACACUGAUGUUUUACAUAAGUAUCGCCUCAAUUUUUCAAUCAUUUGCAUUUAUUUAAGAAAAAGUUUUUUUUUCUUAAAUAAUUACAAAUAUUUGAAAAAAUGUGACAACAAUUGCAAGGGAUAUUUGGUAUAAAGAGGUAAAUUUAUGACCUGAAUCAAGUGAUCUUUUUUUUUGUCCCUAUUUGUGCACAGAAUAGUUUACAAGAAUUUUUAAGUGAAUUAUUCUAUUAUCAAAAAAAUUGAAAAAUAUUAAAAAUUGAACAUGAUUUAGAUGAUUUAGUUAUUCAUAAAUAAGCAAUAAGAUAUAUGUUGAACCGUCUAAUAUCAUCAAGAUUUAAAAAUAGAUUAAAAUUAUAUUAUGAUAAAUGCCAAUUUUUAGAGAAUGCCACGGCCUGUAUACGGCUAUCUGAAUUUAUUCAGAUAUACCAUCGAAAAAGUACAAAGAGUGUUUACACUUGUUCUUGCAUUACAAAAUACAAAUGAACAAAUAAAAAAGAAAAAAAUUUAGGAAGCGUUUAUUCGCACUAUUAUGUCCACUAACGUAAUCGCAAUAAAUUUUUCUACUCUUCUACUACUUAUAGUGAAACAUAGUCUAUCAAUUUUGCCAAAUGUUAGGAAAAUUCAACGAUUGCAAAAAUUCUAUAUAUUAGCGAUCAGUUUUUUCAUUAUUCAUAGAUUAUUCAUUUUUUUAGUGUAAUAUAAUGUACAGUGUUCAAAUAUAAAAGUGUGAUGGAAAUUUGUCCAUGUUGCACUAAAAAUUUCAUUAGUUAAGCAAGAUACAUUUUGUAGAAUUUUAUAUUAAAAUUAACAGAAAGUAUUACAAAAUAGCAAUGUUAUACUUUCAUAUUUGUUUAUUUGUUAUACAGAGUAACCAUUUUUAUCAUUUUGAAUUUUAUCUAUAAAAGGAAGUUGUAAAAGAUGUUAAAAUAUUUUUCAAAUAAAUAGGUAGAUAUAUUAAGAACAUUUCAAGGUUAUUUAGAGCUUUUUUAAAUGCUAUACAAUAUAUUUUUUGUGUAAAAAUAUAAUAAUAUUAAUUGUAAAAAAAGAUAUAUAGAUGAACAUGACUUUAAAAUGACCUUGAUAAUUUCAUCUUUUAAUCUACAUUGUUUUAACGUCUAUACUUAUUUCCUUUGAACGUAUUUCUUAAUAUACGUUCAUUUGUGUGUAGAAAUCUAAUGGUUUACUCUGUAAAUCGACACAAAUAUAUUGUAAUUCGUAAACGAUUCAUAAUUAGAAUUAUUAUAUUUUAAACACGCAAUAAUCUAAUUUUCCUUAUCUAAAAGUCAAUAUAUGUUAAUUUUCGACUUUUCUUCGUUUGAAUGUUAUAUAAUCAUUCUCGCAUAGUCAUCGAGUGGACUGUAGCGAUUGCGAAUAUAAUUGUAUAUUUAAACGAAUGUUUAUCCAUUCUAGUGAGGAAUGAGAAAUAAUGUAUUCAUAAACAAAAAAAAGUUCAUGUAGUUUCGAUUCAUGUGAAAAGGUUGUAUGAAAUCAAUAUGAAUUUAUAAAGAGAAAGACAAAACGCGUAUAAACGACAAUACGUCGAUGUGUGAAUAAAGAAUUGAUUAUUCAGAUUCA